UCUCUGCAAUAUAUAUGACGUCAUAUCCCCCGUACACUCUCUUUUUGCCGUGAGGUUCGGAACUCCAUACGGCGUUGUCUCGUGCUCUCCCAUUUACUCGUUACGCAGGGAAAGUGGUCACGAUGUCCGGAGGUCUGGAUGUCCUUCAGAUGAAGGAGGAGGAUGUGCUGAAGUUCCUGGCUGCAGGAACUCAUCUGGGAGGGACCAACCUCGACUUCCAGAUGGAACAGUAUGUCUACAAGAGGAAAAGUGACGGUGUAUACAUCAUCAACCUGAAGAAGACCUGGGAGAAGCUGCUGCUUGCUGCCCGGGCCAUUGUUGCCAUUGAGAACCCAGCUGAUGUGUGCGUCAUCUCCUCCAGAAAUACAGGCCAGAGAGCAGUGUUGAAGUUUGCUUCAGCAACUGGCUCCACCACCUUUGCUGGCCGCUUCACUCCCGGUACCUUCACCAAUCAGAUUCAGGCUGCCUUCAGAGAGCCCCGCCUUCUGAUCGUCACGGACCCCCGUGCUGAUCACCAGCCUCUGACUGAGGCCUCCUACGUCAACAUCCCCACCAUCGCGCUCUGCAACACUGACGCUCCCCUCAGAUAUGUGGAUAUUGCCAUUCCAUGCAAUAACAAGGGACAUCACGCUACCGGUCUGAUGUGGUGGAUGCUGGCUAGAGAGGUCCUGAGGAUGAGGGGCACCAUUUCCAGGGAGCACCCUUGGGAGGUCAUGCCAGAUCUGUACUUCUACAGGGAUCCUGAAGAGAUUGAGAAGGAGGAGCAGGCCGCAGCGGAGAAGGCCGUGGGCAAGGAGGAGUUCCAGGGUGAAUGGACUGCCCCCGUUGCUGACUUUGCUCAGCCUGAAGUGGCCGACUGGUCCGAGGGUGUGCAAGUGCCCUCUGUUCCCAUUCAGCAGUUCCCUGCUGCCAUUGAUGCAGCUACUGCCGCCAAGGCUGCCCCUACCACAGAGGUGUAUGCAGGUGAGAUGACUAAGGAUUGGAGUGCCCAGACUGCCACUGAGGAUUGGUCAGCUGCUCCAACAGCUCAGACCGGUGACUGGGGUGGUGCCACUUCUGACUGGUCGUAAAUGGCAGCAAGUCCAGGGUCUUGUGCUUUGCAUUUGGUCAAUAAACUCGACUCAUUGGUUUAA